ACAGUGGCUUCAAAUGACAGUAAGUCCUUAUGUCACAGGGCACUCCCCAAAAACAGCCGCUGUUCCACGGCUAUUCCGUGCUUUCCACCUUCUUCGCAUUUACAGUUAAAGUCGAGCCACAGAGUUGCGAUGCCAAAACAACCAGCGGCGCCCUUUGGCGCAGUUGCGGCCCACUACUCCGCCCUGCUUCAGCCCCCAAAAGACGAAUUUCACUGAAAAACAAUUGAAAAAGAAAGAAGAAGAACAGACCCUGGACUGGGGGUGGGGAUGGAACAGCUGUUCGUCUGGCAACGGUAUUUGGGCACUGGCUUCAGGAUUCUGGCGUCUGGUGCGCGUGCCGUGGGGAAUGGGGCCUGCUCCACCUCUGCCUGUACCGGCCCCGCGACCCCCAGCGUGCUGCCUCCUUCCUGCUGUUCUCGCGCCAGGAGCACAUUGGGCCGCAUCUCGACCGAGCACAGCGAGGGGAACGGAACCACGACGACGAGCGGAUACCCUUCAAGGAUGUGGGCGAUGCGCACGCCCUAAACGUGUCGGUGGCGGAGCGGUGCAUCUACUGACCAGCAACAUCUACUGGUCCGAUACGAGGCGUCUGCUCUUCUCGACAGAUGUCGGCAGCCAUGAGACCAUCAUUCGGGCCCGAGUCGAUGGCAAUGAGGUUGUAGAGCUGGAAGGAGUCACGGCGCUGGCCCUGGACCAACAGUACGAAGAAGUUAUAGACACCAAUGGAAAGAACAAGUGAACAACAUUGCCGCCUAGGGGGAUUUGUGUACUGGCUGGACGACAAAGACCGGACUGGAGAGGAUCACUGUCAACAGAGAGGGUCGUUCCGUGAUAUUCUUCUCGCACGGAAGCACGCAGUCAAGCACUCCCUUUUAAAGACCUUAAAUAUGCAAUAGAGAACCUGCCGGAUAUUGCAUUUGAGGUUCAACGCGACCAAGCUGCGGAUGAAGAUGGAGCGAAAAGACUCUGGACGAGUGUGCCAGGUUACCACUACCACAAUGCCUUCUACAAGGACAAAUGUGUAGUUGGCGUGUAUUAACAUAUAAAGAAAUGAAUUAAGUGGAAAUUGUUUUGGCUUAAACCUUAUUUUAGACACAAUCAAGAUCAGUAGUACAUCAUCCCCUCGACU